AUACAACAAAGUACAUAUGUGGCUUUCAACUGCAGAGGCAUCCUGUUUAGGAACAGAAGAAGUAGCAGGACGUUUAGAAGUAGAUAGUAGAACAGGUCUCUGGUGGGAAGAAGCAGAUCAUAGAAAACAAUUAUUUGGUCACAAUGAACUGAAUUUUAAAGAAAAUGAAUCUACAUGGAAAAAAUAUAUAGAACAAUUUAAAAAUCCAUUAAUAUUACUUUUAUUGGGUUCAGCUCUUGUUAGUGUAUGUAUGAAGCAGUUUGAUGAUGCAAUCAGCAUAACCAUAGCUAUUAUAAUAGUUGUUACAGUGGCAUUUGUACAAGAAUAUCGUUCAGAGAAAUCCUUAGAAGAACUAAGUAAACUUGUACCACCAACUUGUCAUUGUUUACGACAAGGACAUUUAGAAACUUUUCUUGCUCGUGAUCUUGUUCCUGGAGAUAUUGUUUAUUUAAAUAUGAGAUAUGAAGCUAUUGCUUUAGCUAUUGAUGAAAGUAGCUUUACAGGAGAAACUGAACCAGCUCAAAAAUCUACUGCUCCAUUGUUAAAAACUAAUGGACACAAUGCUAAAAAGAAUAUUGCCUUUAUGGGAACGUUGGUCCGUUGUGGAAAUGGCAAAGGAAUUGUUAUAAAUACAGGAUCUAAAAGUGAAUUUGGAGAAGUAUUUGCAAUGAUGCAAGUUGAAGAAGCACCGAAAACACCAUUACAACAAAGCAUGCAUAUUCUUGGUACACAGCUUUCUUUUUAUUCAUUUUGUAUUAUUGGAAUAAUUAUGUUACUAGGCUGGAUUCAGGGUAAAGCAAUUCUUGAAAUGUUUACAAUUGGUGUUAGUCUUGCAGUAGCAGCUAUCCCUGAAGGUUUACCCAUUGUUGUUACAGUUACUCUUGCUUUAGGUGUUAUGAGAAUGGCCAAAAGAAAAGCAAUUGUAAAAAAAUUACCAACAGUUGAAACUUUAGGAUGUGUGAAUGUAAUUUGUUCUGAUAAAACUGGGACAAUUACAAAAAAUGAAAUGACUGUUACAAUUAUUGUUACUUCUGAAAAUUAUGUCGCAGAUAUUACUGGAGCUGGAUAUAAUGCUGUAGGAGAAAUAAAAGUACGAAAGUGUGAGAAUCUAGAACUUGCACAAGCAGCUAUACGUAACAUGUUAGAAGUUGGAUGUGUUUGUAAUAAUGCUGUCAUUCAAAAUAAUACUUUAUUAGGUCAACCCACUGACGGUGCUUUUUUAGCAUUAGGUAUGAAAAAUGGAAUGUAUGGAAUAUCAGAGAAAUACCUUCGACUUCAAGAAUAUCCAUUUUCAUCAGAACAAAAAAUGAUGGCUGUUAAAUGCACCGCAAAAUAUGGAGAAAAUAGGCAAGAAGUUUUUUUUGUUAAAGGAGCUGUUGAAAAAAUUUUACCACAAUGUACAAAAUAUUCCGUAAAUGGCCAAUUUUAUCCUCUCUCUCAAAAAAAAGAGCAAGAAUUCUUCACUGAAGCUUAUGAUGUAGGACAAAGAGGUUUAAGAGUUAUUGGCCUGGCUCGAGGCUUAUCUUUACAAGAUCUUGUUUAUGUAGGACUAGUUGGUAUUUGUGAUCCACCAAAACCACAUAUAUGCGAUGCAAUUUCUACUUUAAUGGCAAGUGGAAUAAAAAUUAAAAUAGUUACAGGAGAUGCUAAAGAAACUGCAGCAGCUGUUGCUAAUAAGAUAGGAUUAGAUGUAAUGCAUACUAAACUUAUGUCAGGAGAUGAAAUUGAUUCAUUGUCAGAAGAAGAAUUAGUAAAUAAAAUAAAUAUAGUCAGUGUUUUUUAUAGAGUUACGCCAAAACAUAAGCUGUGCAUUGUAAAAGCAUUACAGAAAGAAGGAAAUAUUGUAGGAAUGACAGGAGAUGGUGUAAAUGAUGGUGUAGCAUUAAAAAAAGCAGACAUUGGAAUAGCGAUGGGAGUAAAUGGCACUGAUGUUUGUAAAGAAGCAGCUGAUAUGAUUUUAGUGGAUGAUGAUUUUCACACUAUUAUAGCAGCAAUUGAAGAGGGCAAAGGAAUCUUUUAUAAUAUUCGUAACUUUGUACGAUUUCAAUUAAGUACAAGUAUUGCAGCUUUAUCUUUAAUUGCUCUUGCUACUUUGAUGGGCAUUCCUAAUCCACUUAAUGCUAUGCAAAUUCUAUGGAUUAAUAUAAUUAUGGAUGGACCACCAGCUCAAAGUCUGGGAGUUGAACCUGUAGAUAAGGAUGUUUUAAAACAAAAACCACGAAAUACAAAAGAACCCAUGAUUACAAAACACCUUAUAAUUAAUGUCUUAUUGUCUGCAGCUAUUAUUAUUUUAGGAACCCUUUGGGUUUAUAACAAAGAAAUGACUUCUGGUGGAAUUACAGCUAGAGAUACAACAAUGACAUUUACAUGUUUUGUAUUUUUUGAUAUGUUUAAUGCAUUGAGUUGUCGAUCUCAAACAAAAUCAAUAUUUACAAUUGGUUUAUGGAGUAAUAAGAUGUUUUUAGUAGCUGUAACAUUAUCUGUUGUGGGCCAAAUGUUAGUCAUUUAUUUUCCUCCAUUACAAAAAGUUUUUCAAACAGAAGCAUUAUUUAUAAAAGAUCUUAUAUUUUUAGUAGCACUAACGUCUAGUGUUUUUGUUAUUAGUGAAAUAAAAAAAUUUUUAGAACGGCGGUUAGUAAAACGACAAAAAACUGAUUGUUACAUAAAAUCGGAAAUGAACUAUGUAUGAUAUUCUAUUAAUAAAACUAAAU